GUAGUUCACAGUGCUAAAUCGAAACGGACAAAAGAUUAUGCCACUUCCUUGUUGCGGUUACAACGAAGACGCUGAGUUUUAGCUUACUCAACUCUAUUCAGACGUAUCUCGUUAAUUGCCUGGUUGAUAGUUAAGCUGAACGGAACUAGCCAAACAUCACAAUAUACAAUGUCAGCCGCGCAGGAAAAGGACUCUGUUGCCCAGGGGGACUGCGUGGAUGCCAAUCCGGAUAACAGCAAAGGUGACGAGAAUGACGGAUUCCUGAAAUUCAGUGGCAAUUUCUUUAAAAGACUUCAGGGGACCUCAGGAGGGUCCAAGUCCACAAAGGUGGAUUCCAAGCCUGAGUCAUACAGUUUCAGGUAUAGCCUGGACUACCCCAUGAUCGGACAGUGCAUCAUCAUCAAUAACAAGAACUUUGAUAGGUCUACAGGAAUGAAUGUCCGUAACGGCACAGACGUAGACGCUGCGAACAUGAUGCAAACUUUCACGAAACUGGGGUACAAAGUGAAAGUUUACAAUGACCAGACUGUGGACCAGAUUAGACAGGUGUUACAUGCAGCCUCUAAGGACGACCACAGCAAGUCAGCCUCGUUCGUGUGUGUGCUCCUCAGUCACGGGGAUGAGGGGAUCCUCUUUGGGACAGACGGCUGUGUGGAGCUCAAGAUCCUGACCAGCUUCUUCAGGGGGGACCGCUGCACCUCGCUGGUGGGGAAGCCCAAACUCUUCUUCAUUCAGGCAUGCCGGGGCACGGAUCUGGAUGGGGGUAUUGAGGCAGACAGCAUCGGAGAUGGGUCUCCAGAGAGGAUCCCAGUGGAGGCAGACUUCCUGUAUGCCUACUCCACUGCCCCAGGUUAUUACUCCUGGAGGAACACUUCCAGUGGCUCCUGGUUCAUCCAGUCCUUGUGCGAGAUGUUUGGACGCUACGGCCUCAGUCUGGAGAUAAUGCAGAUCAUGACACGUGUCAACCACAAGGUGGCGCUGGAAUUCGAGUCCUGCUCCAACCUCCCUGGCUUUGACUGCAAGAAGCAGAUCCCGUGCAUCGUCUCCAUGUUGACCAAAGAGAUGUUCUUUGUACCCUAAUCCUUUGUUUUGGGGCUGGGGGGGG